AUGAAAUACAGCUCAAUAAAACGUGAACGAAAUUCAUUUAAGAAGGAUGCCAUGGAAGAUAGAUAUGACGAUGGUGCACGAAGAAAUGAUUCAAAGAUUCAACCUACUCUGAAGAUGGGUCUUAACAUAAAAAAUGAUACUAAAACUGGUGAAUUGAAGAACAGGCAGUGGGCUCAGAAAUUGUUAAGUUCUACAAGAAAAUGCAAUAGCCAUUUCAAGAAGCUCCGGAAGGAGAACAAUGUUAGUGACUCGGUAGUAGUGGAGGAGAUAGUGCAAUGUGAAAAGCGAGACGAAUCUGUGAAUGACAUUCUUCCUGGACCAGGUACACCUGGGAAAACGGUCACAAAUUCAGAAUCCCACCCAGCCACGCCGGAUGGCCAAAGGAAAUCAGGCAUUGAUCCAAAAUGGAAACAAGCGUUUCUCUGGAUGACAGUCUCAGAGAAUGGCCAAGGUAUGUUGUGUUCAGUAUGUGUAAAGCACCAGAGAAGGCCAAAGAAGUGUGUUCCUGGUAGAGCUGUGUGGGUUGACAUUCCAUGUACCUCAAUAAGGCGAUCAUCUUUAGUAUUUCAUAAGGACUCAGACUCGCACAAGAAAGCAUUGGUAUUUGACGUUGCGGAAGCAAAAACAGGUGGUGGGAUCGAGACUUGUUUUGUGAGGGAAGAACAUGUGAACCGUGAGGCAAUGACAGCAUCUAUGACACUGCUUUACUUUCCGUGUAAGGAGGAAACAGCCCACACCACCAAACACAAACAUUUAGUUGAUGUAGCUAAGACAUCAGGAGUGGAUGUUCUAAAUAGUUUGGAGAAGGGGGAUAACGCCAAGUACACAAAAUUGAUAAGUUUACGUUGUCAUUCAGCAAAUAAAUUCCACAGGAAUAGAAGACUGGAACUUUAAUGUGCAGUGCUAAAAUUGUAUUGUUUUAUGUAAAAUAAAUAGUGAACAUUUUCAGAAACUUAUAUAACUGGAUAAGUUUACAUUGUCAUUCAGCAAAUAAACUCUAGAAGAAUUUUUUAUGACACAUUACCUCUAUUUGUUCUUGUUGAGCAUGUAAAUGAUGCUUAUUAAACAUUGAAAAUAACACUGUGUUUUUCACUCUGAAAUGCAUCAGAAUGCACCAAAAUGAGUUGUAGUAAUACAAAAUUUUCUGGGGGUGGCCCCCCAUAACCCCCCAGCAGGAGGGGGUACCCCUCCCGCACCCACCCCAUUGUUGUCCACGCACUUUUCAAAAAUACCCUUCAGCAACAUGCCUUCAGAAAUCCUGGUAUUAGUAAUAGUAUACUAUAACAAACUACUAUCAAGAUACUAUUACUAAUCAAACUGUGUAAUGAUAUGCAAAUUGAUUGCCACGGAUGGUCAAUAGUAUAUUAAAUAUAUACCGUUAAUAGUAUACUAAUUAAAUACUUCAAAUACUAUACCAAUUGUAUACUCUUAAUACUAUACUAAUUGUAUACUGUUAAACGGUUAUUUCACAGUAGUAAAAAAGCCACUAUAAGUAUUCAACUCAAAACAUAAAAAGAUGAUACAUAGCGGAGAAUUCUUUGUAAAUUAUUUAAUUCACAGAAUUCAAAAUAAUAACAUGAAAAUGAUUUUUACAUGACAAAUUAGAAACGAAUGAUAUAAAUACCUUUUAAGCUUUCUAAUCUGCUAAAUAUAUAUAAAAUUCA